UGUUUGGCGAUUCUCCGGAUGUUGCGUCACUCAGUGCGUAGGGGAAAUUGCGUGCGCGGAGACAGAAAGGAGCGGGCGGAGGUCCAGGGAGGUGUGCGCUUUUGCGUUUCGCCGGCCCGGAAGGGUAACUGCGGUUGAGGUGACCGGGGACUGAGCAUUUCAGAUCUGCUUGGUAAACCUGGUGCACCACCAUGCUGGCCGCAAGACUUGUGUGUCUCCGGACACUCCCUUCCAGGGUUUUCCAACCAGCUUUCACCAAGGCCUCCCCUAUUGUGAAGAAUUCCAUCACGAAGAAUCAAUGGCUGUUAACACCCAGCCGGGAAUAUGCCACCAAGACAAGAGUUGGGAUCCGGCGUGGGAAAAUUGGCCAAGAACUUAAGGAGGCAGCAAUGGAACCAUCAGUGGAAAAAAUAUUUAAAAUUGAUCAGAUGGGAAGAUGGGUUAUUGCUGGAGGGGCUGCUGUUGGUCUUGGAGCAUUGUGCUACUAUGGCUUGGGAAUGUCUAAUGAGAUUGGAGCUAUUGAAAAGGCUGUAAUUUGGCCUCAGUAUGUGAAGGAUAGAAUUCAUUCUACCUAUAUGUACUUAGCAGGAAGUAUUGGUUUAACAGCUCUGUCUGCCCUGGCGGUGAGCAGAACUCCUAUUCUCAUGAACUUCAUGAUGAGAGGCUCUUGGGUGACAAUAGGUGCAACCUUUGCAGCCAUGAUUGGAGCUGGAAUGAUGGUACAGUCAAUACCAUAUGACCAGAGCCCAGGCCCAAAACAUCUUGCUUGGUUACUACAUUCUGGUGUGAUGGGUGCAGUGGUGGCUCCACUGACGAUACUAGGGGGGCCUCUUCUCAUCAGAGCUGCAUGGUACACAGCAGGCAUUGUGGGAGGCCUCUCCACUGUGGCCAUGUGCGCACCCAGUGAAAAGUUUCUAAACAUGGGAGCACCCCUGGGAGUGGGCCUGGGUCUCGUCUUUGUAUCCUCACUGGGAUCUAUGUUUCUUCCACCUACCACUGUGGCUGGUGCCACUUUGUACUCAGUGGCAAUUUAUGGUGGAUUAGUUCUUUUCAGCAUGUUUCUUCUGUAUGAUACACAGAAAGUAAUCAAGCGUGCAGAAAUAAUACCAGCGUAUGGAGUUCAAAAAUAUGAUCCUAUCAAUUCGAUGCUGGGGAUCUACAUGGAUACCUUAAAUAUAUUUAUGCGAGUUGCCAGUAUUCUAGCAACUGGAAGCAACAGAAAGAAAUGAAGUGCCUCAGCUUCUGACUUCUUUGAUACAUCAGAUAUCUUGCUUGUUUAAUAGGGACAGGUAUCCAUUAAAUAGUUUGCACAAGCAGCUUUCAUUGAAGUUUAGAAGAUAAGACUUGUCAACAUGUUUCAGCUGUUCCGAUGAUGUGAUGCUUUAGGUCUCCUUUUUCUUCUGCAGAAUAAAUUAAGUUGUUCUCUUCCAAAUAAGCACACACAUUUCCAGUUCUCAUGUUUGAGUAAUUCUUAUAUGUUUCGAUGAAUAUGAAAACUUAAGUUUGUGUUGUGAGAAUUUAACUGUUCUAUUUUAAAAUUUAUUUGAUUGAGUGAAAAUUAGCAAAAUCUGUUUUGCUGCAUAUAUUUUGAAAUGCAGAAAUAUUAACAAGUAAUGUCAUUAGUGAUGUAGAGGUUUGGUAAAGGGACCAGAGAGAAGCGAAGGGUCACCUGCCGUCUUUCUUUGGAUACUUAGCACUUGUAUGAUUGAUGGUAAGCCAGGAAGAGGGGUCUGGUGGUUUGGAAACAAAUAGAUCAUCACUGUUUUUACAUUCAUCUGUUGAACUUACCAAAGCAUUGAGCAUAAGACAAAGAUAAAGGUGAUUCAUUCUUCUGAUGUUCCUUUCUUUCUCAGUGCUACCUUUGCAACAUACGUGUGAUUUUGUUUGGCUUCUCAUUGUUUGACACUGCUAGGACAGUCCAGAAUGUUGAUUGUAUGGAGAAUUCCUGGUAUGUGUUAUAUAUGUUUAAGUUUUACUUUUGAACCUUAUAGAACAAAAUAUCCUUAAAACUCUUCUCAGGAUAAAACAUUCAAAGCAUGAAAACUCUUGCAUUUUCAAAUAUACAUACACUGUGUUCCUAAUUGCUGAAUUUUUUUGCAUAUUUAUUGAAAUGUUUAAUAGAAUACAUGGUUGCCUAUCUCAUCUCUUCAGGCUUUGAAGCUUUUAUCAGAAAAGCCUGUUUGUGGCUCACAUGUAAGAUUGUGAAAGCAGUUUUUCUCCCAAGACUUGGUUUCUUGGGUUCCUCUCAGACAAAGCACUAAAAAAAAUGGAGGACAUAGGUAGUCUGUCUUCAUGAACUGUGUCAGUCAAAACUGUAAUAGGCACAGUGCUCCGUUAGCAUUUACCCCAGCAGACUUUUCCUUCUCUCCUGCAUAGACUAUUGCCUGACUCUCUUGUGACGUUUCUGUUUUGAUACAGAAGAGUUAUUUUUGGAAGUUUAAUGAAUGAGCUAAGUGUGUAUGAUUAUUGAAAUGAUUGGUAUUUUUGACAAGUAUUUAUUACAGUAAUCCAGAAGUAACUAUUCUGACCACCUCAAAUUACAUAGAAUGCUUAUUUCUGAAAUAAUAAAGGUUCCAGCCAGAUGGUAA